AUCUGCAGUAUUUAUAGUAUGGAAGAAAUGCCCCUGCUUGUAGAUUGAAAUUCGCUCCACAUUUAUUUCUAUCAGAUAGCCUGCUUAGCUUCCUGAUUGACAAGAUAAAGCUGAUGGAGUCACAUUAAGAAUGUUUACUUCCUUCUGAAAGAGCACCUGUUGCACUUACUGGCAAUUAUACUGGAGUACUGUUUGACCUAGGUCUUUAGGGGAUAACUUAACUUUAGUCCUCAACAAUGGAUGUCAUCAUGCUAGAUUCAUCAGAAUCUAGUAAUUCACGGGGUUCAAGAGGUGAAGAUCUACUUGAAGAUGAUGAAGAGGAAGAAAUAAAGAGGACUCUCAAUUCUGUCAUGGAUGAACUGGUGGAUGAUGUUGUUUUAGGACUAUGUUUUGAAACACACAGAUCAUGUAAACUGGGGACUCUUUUUCUGGAUGAAACUGACAUAGAAUCAGAAAACUUAUAUCGUAUUGUAGACCAGGUAGGCCUAGAUGUUUUUGGUCAGCUGCCCCAGAAAAAGCAGUUAGAGUGCAUAUGUCCUAACUGUAGUAGGAACUUGGCUGCUUCAAGAUUUGCUCCACACCUAGAGAAAUGUAUGGGCAUGGGCAGAAACAGCUCUAGAAUUGCCAGUAGAAGGAUUCUCGCAAAUACAGGGAAACAGGAGAAUGUUGCCAGUGACAAUGACAGUGAAGACAACAAGGAUGAUAACGACUGGAGCUAUGCUGUAGAUAGGAAAAGCAAGAAAUCCAGAAAAGACAGAAGUGGAAACUCCCCAAGAAGAGGGAAAAUUUCAAAGCUGAAAAAUGGGGAUGGUGCUAUUGGCCAGCAUGACACCAAGAUGGGUAGUAGUCAUACCACCGAGGCAUCAGGACAAAUAUUCCACUUGUAUGAUUCCAUGACCCUUGAUGAGAAAAAAUCCAUUCUCAUUCAGCAAUGUGGUGUAAUAUCUGAGCAUACCAAGAAAAUGUGCACAAGGUCACAUCGCUGUCCACAGCACUCAGAUGAACAGAGAAGGAUGGUUCGCAUGUAUCUUCUGGGGUCACAACAUGGGGGUCUCCUAGAUGUAGAUGAGGUCCAGGUGGACAUAGAUGGAUAUGAGGAUGGUGAUAGCCAGUCACUCAGGGAGAGUCUACAAUGGGAGGCUGCUUCUAAUCCAUCACCUGCUGAUUCUACUAGCACAACACAUAGUACAGGCUCAAGAAAGCGUAAGAAGGGAAAGGGGGGUAAAAAGAAAGGAGCUAUUGCAAGGUCAUCCCCUAGCAGUAUGUACGAAUUCAACAUACACUAACUGUAGCUAGGAUACAAUCUGACAGAGACAAUCAUAUUCAACUUCAUGGACUGAUUCACUAAAAUUUUGACAACAUUGUUUGAGACAUUUGGAAAUCUUAUUCAUAAAAAUGAUUUGGAAGAGAAUAUUUUUUUUUUCUGCUUAAGCUGAUGAGUAGUGCCAGUAGUGUCAAACUGGGACCAAUGAACGGAUCAAACUCAGCAGUAUGAUAGUUACUGUAAUGUACAUACUCCUGGGAGUUGCUGUUUUUUAUGUCACCACCUUGUGACAUAUUGUUAUGGUCUCCAUUUUUUGUGAUGGCGAUUGACGGUUGUCUGUUGGUGGUUCGCGGUUGGUAGUUGGCG